GUAGGCAAACUAUCGUAAAUCUCCGGCCCAGAAUCCGUCGACACACGGAUCGACGACGACGAUGAUGCUGCCAAAGUGACUGCGACUGGUGACGCUGGCUGACUGCAGUGGUCUAGUUUGCACGGGAACAUUCGCCGGGGUGGGUGAAACGUUUUUUUUUUUUGAAAGGAUAUCAAUGAGCCUGCGGGUUUGAUACGCUGAAGUUUCCAGAUUGUGAUAAGUGUAGUGUAUUGUAACAGAAAUAUUUAGUCGUCGAAAUGUGUUAUCAGUAAGCAUUCGAAAAUAGUUCUAAGUUGGAAGGAGUUUACCCAUUUUAGUUUAGUUCGUUAGCUUUUGCUGUUUUGACCACAAAUUGUUACUCUGUUAAACAAUAUAUUUUGAUCUGUGAGACCGGCAAAGAUAUAAAUUGAACAAGGUUCCUACCGCAAAUAUAAACGCAUGCCGUCUUUCAAAAUCUCGCAUUUGCAACCAAGUGUUCGUUAUCUGCACAUGUGAAUCGCUUGCGGGCGAUCACUAUCAUCCACAGAACAGCUGAUUCUAUAUCACACAAAGAACUUCACAAUGGCAACGGAAGGACCUGACACGCUGAAUCCCUCGUUGAUGGACACCGGACAUGGUCAGAAUGUGGACGACCUCAGUAGAUCACUGCAGCGAUUCAACUGGCCGGAUUACCUGGUCUUUGUGCUGAUGUUGGUGAGCUGCAUAUUCAUAGGGAUUUACUUUGGCUACAAAGAUCACCAGAAGCACAAGAAUAGGAAAACCGCCCGAAGGGAUUCAGAAGCACUGGAUUACCUGGUGGGUGGGAGAAAGAUGAAAAUUUUCCCGGUAGCUGUCUCAUUGGUGGCCAGUUGGAUUUCUGGCAUUUCAUUACUGGGGACAUCGACGGAAAUCUAUGUGUAUGGCACUCAGUACUGCUAUAUCGUUUUUGCCAUUGUACUGAUGGGAUUCGCGAUGCACUACAUUUUCCUGCCAGUUUUUCACGAUCUGCAGAUAACAUCAGCGUACGAGUACUUGCAGCUACGGUUCGACAAAAGGAUGCGACUGAUUGGAUCCAUCCUUUUCACAAUGGCUUCGAUACUUUGGCUACCAAUCGUGGUGUACGUUCCCGCUUUGGCAUUUAAUCAAGUGUCGGGAGUGAAUAUUCACGUCAUCACGCCCAUUGUUUGCUUGGUGUGCAUUUUCUACACUAGUGUGGGUGGACUUAAGGCCGUUGUUUGGACUGAUGUGAUCCAAACAUCGAUCAUGGUUGGAGCAAUGAUCAUCGUCAUCAUCAAGGGAACAUUGGAUGUGGGUGGCCUUGGAGUGGUCAUUGAACGGAACUCAUUGGGCCAACGAUUUGACAAACCAGACUUCAAUCUGGAUCCCACCGAAAGAAACACAUUUUGGAACUUGUUCAUUGGUGGUACAUUUUUCUGGACGUCCACAAAUGCAACCAACCAGAAUAUGAUCCAGCGCUAUCUUUCUUUGCCUAGUUUGAAAUCAGCUCGGAAGGCAUUAUUGCUGUUCCUCAUCGGAACGACUGCAGUACUUUCACUUUGCUGCUACAACGGGCUGCUAAUCUACGCCAUGUACCACGACUGUGACCCCUUAAGUACUGGUCUAGCUAAGGCAAAAGAUCAGCUGGUGCCCUUGCUAGUGAUGGAAGUCUUGGCCAUCUAUCCCGGUCUUGCUGGACUGUUUGUAGCUGGUAUUUUCAGUGCCGCUCUUAGCUCACUGUCUACCGCCCUCAACUCACUAUCCGCAAUUGUACUGGAAGACUUUUGCAAACCGUUCGUAAAGCGUCCUCUGUCCGAAAUCCAAGUGCGAUAUCUUAUGCGAGUGACCGUGUUGAUCUUCGGAGCCUUGGCCGUGGUGCUGGUGAUGGUCGUAGAAAAAAUGGGAGCAGUUCUACAACUAUCGAUGAGUUUGGGACCUGUAACUCUCGGACCCCUGUUCGGACUUUUCGUCAUGGGAAUGUUCUUCCCUCGAAUCAAUGGAACGUGCGCCAUAAUCGGAACAAUCGGAGGACUUGCCACCAUGUCGUACAUCGUCAUCCGGUCGCAGAUUUCCAUAGCACUCGGAGAAAUGGUGUUUGCCGAAAAGCCAGUUACCGUGGAAGGUUGCGCGUAUGAUUUCACUCCCCUGAACCGGACAGUUUCGUUCCCUCCGGAUGGUUCAGGUACCCACGUGGAAAAGUCGCUUCACCACGUGUCGUUCCUUUACUACACGCUGAUAGGGUCCCUGGUUCCGACAGUCAUUGGCUAUUUGAGUUCGAUCGUUAUGAGCUUCACUGUGGGUCUGAAUCCCGAAGAUCAACACGUGGACCCCCAGCUGCUGGCACCGUUCAUGCAAAAGUACUAUCAACCGAGCAAAGUGAGAAACAUGGCGGAGGUCAUACACGAGUUCGAGACGAAAGACAUUCAGCUUUGAGCGAAUGAAAGCUAUAGCAACUGUGAUUCGGUGUGAAUGUGAUUUUAUUUUAAGCGAAUAAAGUAUACCGUGACUGGAG